AUGUCGAAAUCCGCUCUUUUUACACUAAGGGAUCACCUGAAAAAUGGUGAUAAGUUCACCCUAUUAGAUGAAAACAAUACUACUACAGAAGACAUUAGUACUGCUGAUAAGGUUUUACUUGGGUCUGAUGCAGAAAACAAUAAGGCUACAUUAUCUCUGAAUGAUGAGACUGAGUUUUUGAUCGAGAAAAACCCUGUUAUUUUGAAAGUUAUCCUUCAUUGUUGGAUGCACAAAGAUUCUAGUGCAGCUGAUUAUCUAGCUGACUGUCAAAAACUGCACUUAACUAAUAUCUCCUUUUUGCAAAGAAAUGAUUUAAUGAAUUGGUUGACUGGACAAUCAGAAACUUCACAAUAUAUUUCAACAUCCAAAGAUCAAGAUACAAAACCAUCAGAUGAGAAAAAUAAUGCAAUAUCAAGUGUAGCUGCCAUUAAUAAUACCACAACUUCAACCUCUGCUAAUACCACUACACAAACUACCACUUCGGCAGAUCAAAAAUCAGGUUUAUCUGAACUAGAGAUUAUACAGAAUGAAGAUCCGGUAUUGUUUAAAACUUUAGAACACGAAAGGGUAUUGAUGGAUCAUAACUCUAGUUUACGUGGAUCCAAGCCAAUAGAUUUUAGUUAUUUAAUUAAAGAUGUUGAAUUAAAGCUAGUACAAUCCUUGAAAGGUUCAUCAAGUUCUAAAUCCGGUAAAAGUAAGGGUCACGUAUCAAAGAGUAAUGGCCCUUCAAAGAGUGUGUUACGUAAAGAUCCAAUCAUAUUAAUUCCCUCUGCAACAUCUUCUAUUUUAACUCUUGCAAAUAUUAAAGAAUUUUUGGAACAUUCCAAGUACGUUAAUCCAAGAGAUAUUACGAUUACAUCUGAUAAUGAUUUAAUUACUGUGGAAAAGAAAUUUACCAAAAUAAGUAGGCCAAUUAGGUUUUUAAUUGUUAAUAACACCAGAAUGUUUACAAAGCCCGAAUACUGGGAUAGAGUAGUGGCUGUUUUUACAACAGGUCACGCCUGGCAAUUUGCCAACUAUCAAUGGAAUACCCCUCAGAAUUUAUUCCAACAUUGUAAUGGUUAUUACUUUCACUUCAAUGGAGAUGAAGUACCACAGCAUGUUCAACAAUGGAAUGUUCAAAAAAUUGGGUUGGACAAACAUCAACGUUUUAAGGAUGUUGAAGUGGUUCGUUUCUUCUGGUCAAAUUUAGAAAAAUCCUUGGUAGAAAGAGGAUACCAUUAA